AUGCAGGAAAAAUCGACUAACAAAGAAAAAGCAAAAUCAAAGGCAUCAGCAAGAGUUUUGCCACAGUUGUCUCUGGUGAGUACAAAGCCCCAGUGGCAGCAGGCGGCCCCUUCAUUUAAUUUGAAUAUAAAGCAAGACAAUGAGAUUCCAGAAACUUUUAGUAUUAAAAAUGAACAGUCUUAUGGUGAAUACAUGGAACACUUUGGGAAAAAAAGCAAAAUCCUCAAUCAAAUUGAUGAUGGCCACGCCAAACCAUCUACUUCGAAAUCAAAGGGCAAAUCUUCAUAUAAAGAAAGAGAAAACUUUAGAAGUACUCUUGUUAAUGUCAUAAUGCAGCAAGAUGAUGUUUUAGACUUGGCUACCCCUGAUGAAACCACAGUUCCCAAAGCGACCAGUUCUGCAAUAGAAAAAGACAUCUUGAGAUAUUACUAUUAUAUUCACCAUGGAAUUGAUACGGACCACGUAGCACCAAUGGAAGAUUCUUGGUUAGAACAUGUAUUGAAUUUAGUCCCACAACAUCUGAAAGUUCUCACUGACAGUAUAACGGCAUUAUCUGAUGAAAUGAGAGAGGAUUAUCUUCUUAGUGUAAAGAAAUCCAUAGUUGAUUUUGUUUUAAAAGACCCUAGAGAAAAAGAAGAUGAUAAAAAGACAAUUGAACUUCCACCCCAUCGUGCUGAGAUGGAAAUUCUGCCAAAACCUUGGAGAACAUCUUUUUUAGCUGCAAGUAGUUAUAUUAGGGAUCACUUGAAUGCAAUGAAUCCCACGAUGCUGGCUGUGCUAGAUUUGUGGCACAGUACUUUUAAAAAAUUACGUUUGGUUGAUAUAGAAGAAUUUCACAAUCGCCAGGAUGCCUUAGAACUGUCAACUUUUCAGAAUAUUAUCAUGAAACACUUGGAAUCUGCCAAAGAGACUCUGUUUAAAAUGUGGUUUCCAGAAGUACAGAAUAUUUAUUACCAAGGUAAUAAAAAAAAGCAAUUGCCAACCAGUGACAACAGUGCCAAAUUGGAAUCUUUUUUCAACUGUGCUGCUACACUUAUGACUUUACAGCUGCAGGACCUCACUUUAGCCUCCAUGCAAGAUUUCACAGACUUAAUUGCACAACCCCCUGAUUCUGUUAGAGCUUUUGAACAUCCAGGUUUCAUCAUGAGGCUGAUUCUUGAGAAUGAUGCCAUUACAUUUGAACCUGACUUUAAUGACUAUAUAGAUAUCUUUGUAAAUGUUUAUGCUAUCAUGAUUAAGGCUGUCAGUUUUGUGCCAAGAGUUGAGACAAAAUUGUAUUCUAAGUGGGAAAGUAAGUCUAAACCAACAACUUUGAAGCCCAUAAUUCUGGAUGAAAUUGUCGAAGCUCACAAAGCAAAGAUUAAGGAGGUGAUUAUGAAAGAGAGUUUAGCACCUACUGAACACCUCAGGCUCUAUGACAAAUAUGACUUUUUAAUUACCAAACAAGCUGAGAAAGAUGCUGAUGAUUUCCUUGCAGAGAAUCAUAAUUAUGAAAGAAUAAUAGAAGAAAUUCGCAGAUACCAAAAACUAAUUGAUGAAAUACAGUACACAUCUAGAAAGAGUAUUCGCUUGGGAAUGUUUGAAAUACACUGUGAAGAAUUAAUCAGAGCAUUGGUAAAGCGAGCAGAUAAUAUUUGUGGGAAACUUAUAGCAAAAAUGUUCACAGAUCAUCAGGAAGUAAAUACAAGAUUAUGCGACGAAUUUGAAAAAAUAGCUGAGAAAGCUCUAAGCACUCCUCCAAAUACAGCAGAACUAAUGGAAAUGAAGGCUUAUAUCCAGAAAGUGGAGGCGGUUGAAAUGGUUGAAUUGGGAAAUAGAUUAGUGGAUUCUAAAAACUGCCUUGCCUUCCUCAUUGAGUGUGCCAACUUUUCUCCGUCAGACAUUAGGUUAAAUAAUAAUGUUUUCCAGUGGUAUGGAAGAAUGGGAGAAAUUUUUGAUGAACACAGAAAAAUUAUUAAAGAGAAAACUGAACAGUAUCAAGAUGGCCUUAAGUUGCGGUGUGAACGGUUUGUGGAGGAAUUGGAGAGUUAUGCCAAACAGGCAGAAGAAUUUUAUACAUUUGGAGAUCUUCAGGAUGUACAAAGAUACCUGAAGAAGGCUCAGACACUGAAUGCCAAAUUGGAUUUAGCAGCAGACAAGAUUGAUCAAUUUAAUGCUGAAGAGGAGGCAUUUGGCUGGUUACCAUCAAUAUAUCCUCAACGUAAAAAAAUCCAAGAUGGUUUAAAUCCUUAUCUUCGUCUGUAUGAAACUGCUGUUGAAUUUACCACCAAACAUAGAGCAUGGACAGAAGGACCAUAUCACAAGGUGAAUCCAGAUCAAGUAGAAACAGACGUUGGAAAUUACUGGAGAGGACUAUAUAAGCUGGAGAAAACCUUCCAUGAUUCACCAAAUGCAUUGGCAAUGACAAAAAAAGUAAGAGCAAGGGUGGAAGAGUUCAAACAGUACAUUCCUCUCAUUCAAGUGAUCUGUAAUCCUGGUUUGCGCCCCAGGCACUGGGAGGCCAUGUCCGCAAUUGUUGGCUUCCCGCUGCAGCCAGCAGAUGACUCCACUGUCUUCUCCUUUUUAGACAUGAAUCUGGAACCAUAUUUAGAUAGAUUUGAAGGUAUUAGUGAAUCAGCUAGCAAAGAAUAUUCUCUUGAAAAGGGCAUGGAGAAGAUGACGAAUGAAUGGGAUUCAAUGGAAUUUGUCAUUCAUCCUUAUAGAGAGAGUGGAACAUUUAUUUUGUCUGCAGUCGAUGAAAUUCAGAUGUUGUUGGAUGACCAUAUAAUUAAAACACAAACUAUGCGAGGCUCUCCUUUCAUUAAACCUUAUGAAAAACAAAUGAGAGAAUGGGAGGGCAAGCUCCUGCUGCUUCAGGAGAUUCUGGAUGAGUGGCUUAAGGUCCAAGCCACUUGGCUAUAUCUGGAGCCCAUUUUCAGCUCUCCAGAUAUUAUGUCUCAAAUGCCUGAAGAAGGCAGACGAUUUACAACUGUGGAUAAAACAUGGAGAGAUAUAAUGAAAAGUGUCAUUCAGGAUAAACGUGUUCUGUCAGUGGUAACUAUUGAGAGAAUGCUGGAAAGAUUGAAAAAAUCUAAUGAACUUUUGGAACUCAUUCUUAAAGGACUUAAUGAAUAUUUGGAAAAGAAACGUCUCUUCUUCCCCAGAUUCUUUUUCUUGUCGAAUGAUGAACUUCUUGAGAUACUAUCUGAGACUAAAGACCCCACUAGGGUGCAACCUCACUUGAAGAAAUGUUUUGAAGGAAUUGCAAGGGUAGAAUUUACAGAAACUUUAGAUAUUACUCAUAUGAAGAGUAGUGAAGGAGAAGUUGUAGAACUCACAGAUAUCAUUUCAACAGCCAAAGCCAGAGGUCAAGUGGAGAAAUGGUUGGUUGAGUUAGAGAGAAUUAUGAUUAAAUCCAUCCACAAGGUAAUAACUGAUGCGAUUUUGGCUUAUACCAAAAAUGAACGAAUUAACUGGGUAAGAGAAUGGCCUGGACAGACUGUUCUCUGUGUAUCCCAAACCUUUUGGACAAAAGAAGUACAAACCGCUAUUCCACUGGGGCUAGAGGCUCUUGAGCAAUAUUUGGAAAAAUGUAACAGACAAAUUGAUGAUAUUGUCACCUUGGUCCGUGGCAAAUUGUCCAAGCAGAAUCGUGUUACUCUGGGAGCCCUUGUGGUACUGGACGUCCAUGCUAGAGACGUCCUUGCAGCACUUGUGAAAAAAAAUGUUAGUGAUGACAAUAACUUUGAAUGGUUAAGUCAGCUGAGGUACUACUGGCAAGAAAAUAAUUUAGAAACAAAAAUGAUCAAUGCUGGUUUGCGAUAUGGGUAUGAAUAUCUGGGUAAUUCCCCUAGGCUGGUUAUUACUCCACUCACGGAUCGAUGUUACAGAACUUUAUUUGGAGCCCUUCACUUGCAUCUUGGAGGAGCACCUGAGGGUCCAGCUGGCACUGGAAAGACAGAAACUACCAAGGAUUUAGCAAAAGCUAUAGCCAAACAAUGUGUGGUUUUCAACUGCUCUGAUGGGUUGGAUUAUUUGGCCCUGGGAAAAUUCUUUAAGGGACUGUUAUCUUGUGGAGCCUGGGCUUGCUUUGAUGAGUUUAACAGAAUUGAUUUGGAAGUGCUUUCUGUGGUUGCUCAACAAAUCCUUACUAUCCAAAGAGGUAUUAAUGCAGGUGCUGAAAUACUAGUGUUUGAAGGAACUGAACUAAAACUUGACCCCACAUGUGCUGUCUUUAUAACAAUGAACCCUGGGUAUGCUGGGCGAUCAGAACUACCAGAUAAUCUGAAGGCUCUCUUCCGGACAGUAGCAAUGAUGGUCCCUGACUAUGCCAUGAUUGCUGAAAUAGUCCUGUAUUCCUGUGGCUUUGUCACUGCUCGGCCACUGUCAAUAAAAAUUGUGGCUACAUAUCGCUUAUGUUCAGAGCAGUUGUCAUCUCAACAUCACUAUGACUAUGGAAUGCGGGCUGUGAAGUCGGUGCUGACAGCUGCUGGGAAUCUAAAGCUGAAAUAUCCAAAUGAAAAUGAAGAAAUUUUGCUGCUUAGAUCUAUUAUUGAUGUAAAUCUGCCAAAAUUUUUGUCCCAUGAUUUACCACUCUUUGAGGGAAUUACUUCAGAUUUGUUUCCUGGGGUGAAAUUACCAAAACCAGAUUAUAAUGAUUUGCUGGCAGCUAUUCAAGAUAAUUGUGCCUCCAUGAAUUUACAAAUGACUGACUUCUUUUCUGAGAAGAUUCUGCAAAUAUAUGAAAUGAUGAUUGUACGACAUGGUUUUAUGAUUGUUGGAGAACCAUUUGGAGGAAAAACUAGUGCAUACCGUGUCUUAGCUGGGGCACUGAAUGACAUAUGUGAGAAGGGGCUAAUGGAAGAAAACAAGGUUCAAAUUACUGUUUUAAAUCCUAAAUCUGUCACCAUGGGUCAGCUGUAUGGACAGUUUGAUUUAGUGUCCCAUGAGUGGUCUGAUGGAAUCCUUGCUGUCAGUUUCAGAGCAUUUGCUGCUUCACCUACUCCAGAUAGAAAAUGGUUAAUUUUUGAUGGACCAGUAGAUGCAGUAUGGAUUGAGAAUAUGAACACUGUGCUGGAUGACAACAAAAAGUUAUGUCUGAUGAGUGGGGAGAUUAUUCAAAUGUCACCACAAAUGAAUCUUAUUUUUGAACCCAUGGAUUUAGAAGUUGCUUCUCCUGCCACUGUUUCCAGAUGUGGUAUGAUUUACAUGGAGCCUCACAUACUAGGUUGGAGACCAUUGAUGUUGUCUUGGCUGAAUCUUUUACCUGAGACAGUCAGUCCUAUUGAGAAGGAAUUUAUAACAGGCUUAUUUGACAGAAUGGUACCUAUUUCUGUUGAAUUUAUUAGAAAGCAUACAAAGGAAUUAUCUCCUACUUCAGAUGCAAACUUGGUCAGAUCCUUAAUGAAUCUAAUAGACUGUUUCAUGGGUGAUUUUGCUGAUGAAGCCAAAGUAAAAAGUAGAAAUGAUAGAGAAACUUACUCUUUGCUUGAGGGAAUUUUUCUGUUUUCAUUGAUCUGGUCUGUUGGUGCUUCUUGUUCGGAUAAUGAUCGGUUGAAAUUUGAUAAUAUUCUUCGAGAACUAAUGCAAGGUCCAAUUUCAGAGCUAACUCAAACUAAGUUUAAAUUACUGAGUGGUAUUGAACAAACUUCCUCCAAGGCACUAACUGUCCCAUUUCCUGAAAAAGAAACAAUUUAUGAUUACCGAUUUAUCACCGAGGGAAUAGGGAGAUGGGAGUCAUGGGUAAAGAAAUUAGAAGAUGCUCCUCCAAUUCCUAAAGAUGUGAUGUUUAAUGAAAUCAUUGUACCAACUGUGGAUACUAUUCGAUACUCUGCAUUAAUGGAUUUGUUGACCACUCAUCAAAAGCCUUCAAUAUUUGUAGGACCAACAGGAACAGGAAAGAGUGUCUAUAUAACUAAUUUUCUUUUAAAUCAUCUUAAUAAGGAAAUCUACAAACCUCUGAUAAUUAACUUCUCAGCACAAACUACAGCAGCUCAAACUCAGAACAUUAUCAUGUCAAAAUUGGACAAAAGAAGAAAGGGAGUUUUUGGUCCUCCUUUGGGCAAGAGAAUGAUUGUAUUUGUAGAUGAUGUCAAUAUGCCUGCUCGGGAGGUAUAUGGAGCUCAACCUCCCAUUGAGUUACUUAGGCAAUGGUUAGACCACUGGAAUUGGUAUGACUUAAAAGAUUGUUCUAUGAUUAAACUAGUGGACAUUCAGAUCAUGUGUGCUAUGGGACCUCCAGGUGGUGGCCGAAAUCCAGUAACUCCUCGAUUUAUGAGACAUUUCAAUAUCGUAACAAUCAAUGAAUUUAGUGAUAAAUCCAUGUUUACAAUCUUUUCUAAAAUCUUAACCUGGCAUUUGAAAAUAUGUUACAAAUUUCCAGAUGAAUUUCUGGAUUUGACUACACAAAUCGUAAAUGGCACAAUGACUCUGUAUAAGGAAGCAAUGAAGAAUCUCUUGCCUACUCCAGCUAAAUCUCACUACUUGUUCAACCUUCGUGAUUUCUCCCGUGUCAUUCAAGGUGUUUGUUUGUCGAGACCAGAAACAGCAGAAACCGAAGGAGUGAUUAAACGUCUUUGGGUUCAUGAGGUCCUUAGAGUAUACUAUGAUCGCCUUCUGGAUAAUGCAGAUAGAAGCUGGCUUAUCAACUACAUUCAAGAAAUUUUGAAAAGCUACAUGUAUGAAGAUUUUCAUGAACUUUUUCAAAGUUUGGAUUUUGAUCAAGAUGGAGUGGUGCAAGAAGAUGACUUAAGAAGUUUAAUGUUUUGUGAUUUUCAUGAUCUCAAGAGGGAAGAUACCAACUACCGAGAAAUUUCAAAUGUGGAUCACCUUCGAGUGAUAGUGGAAUCUCAUCUAGAAGAAUACAACAAUAUGAGUAAAAAAACCAUGAAUCUUGUCUUAUUCCGAUUUGCCAUAGAACACAUCAGCAGAAUUUCCAGGAUCUUGAAGCAGCCUCGAAGCCAUGCUCUUCUGGUUGGAGUUGGAGGGAGUGGAAGGCAGUCUGUCACCAGAUUAGCUGCCCACAUGGCUGAUUAUUCACUUUUCCAGGUUGAAAUCUCCAAGAGCUAUGGUAACAAUGAGUGGCGUGAAGAUUUAAAAGUGAUUUUAAGGAAGUGUGCUGAAGGUGACAUGCAGGGUGUCUUCCUAUUUACGGAUACUCAGAUUAAAAAAGAGUCAUUUCUAGAGGAUGUUAAUAAUCUGCUGAAUGCUGGGGAGGUUCCAAAUCUCUUUGCAUUAGAUGAGAAGCAAGAGAUAUGUGAAAAGAUGCGACAGUUGGAUCGCCAACGGGAUAAAACCAAGCAAACUGAUGGAAGCCCCAUAGCUCUUUUCAAUAUGUUUAUUGAUCGCUGCCGCAACCAACUGCACGUGGUUCUUGCCAUGAGUCCUAUCGGAGAUGCAUUUCGAAAUCGUCUUAGAAAGUUCCCUGCUCUUGUUAACUGCUGUACCAUUGACUGGUUUCAGUCAUGGCCUGAAGAUGCAUUACAGGCAGUUGCCUCACGGUUCUUGGAAGACAUUGAAAUGUCAGAGGAAAUACGAGAUGGCUGUAUCGACAUGUGUAAAAGCUUCCACACCUCUACUGUAAACUUAUCAACAUCCUUCUAUGAUGAACUUCAGAGAUACAAUUAUGUGACUCCCACCUCUUACCUCGAAUUAAUCUCCACCUUCAAGCUGCUGUUAGAAAAGAAAAGAAGUGAAGUAAUGAAAAUGAAAAAGAGGUAUGAAGUGGGUUUGGAAAAACUGGACUCUGCUGCUGCUCAAGUAGCCACCAUGCAAUAUGAGUUGGAGGCGUUGCAACCGCAAUUGAAAGUUGCUAGCAAAGAAGUUGAUGAGAUGAUGGCUAUUAUUGAAAGAGAGUCUGUAGAAGUUGCCAAAACUGAAAAAAUAGUGAAAGCUGAUGAAAUAGUAGCAAAUGAGCAAGCCAUGGCAGCCAAAGCCAUCAAAGAUGAGUGUGAUGCCGAUCUAGCAGGGGCCUUGCCAAUAUUGGAGUCAGCACUGUCUGCCUUGGACACUCUUACUGCACAGGAUAUUACAGUGGUAAAAUCCAUGAAGAGUCCUCCUGCUGGCGUCAAGCUUGUUAUGGAAGCUAUCUGCAUCCUGAAAGGCAUCAAAGCUGACAAAAUUCCUGACCCAACAGGAUCAGGAAAAAAAAUUGAGGAUUUCUGGGGACCAGCUAAGAGACUUCUUGGAGACAUUAGGUUUCUACAGUCACUUCAUGAAUAUGACAAGGACAAUAUUCCUCCAGCUUAUAUGAAUAUCAUAAGAAAAAGUUAUAUUCCAAAUCCAGAUUUUGUUCCAGAGAAAAUUAGAAAUGCUUCCACAGCUGCAGAAGGUCUGUGCAAAUGGGUCAUAGCAAUGGAUUCAUAUGAUAAAGUGGCAAAAAUAGUAGCUCCCAAAAAGAUAAAACUGGCUUCAGCUGAAGGGGAGCUUAAAAUUGCCAUGGAUGGUCUUAGAAAGAAGCAGGCAGCACUUCAGGAAGUCCAGGACAAACUGGCCAAGCUUCAAGACACACUUGAGUUAAACAAACAAAAGAAGGCUGACUUGGAAAACCAGGUUGACUUAUGCAGCAAAAAACUAGAAAGAGCUGAACAGUUGAUUGGAGGCCUUGGAGGUGAGAAAACUAGAUGGAGCCAUACAGCUCUGGAGCUGGGUCAGUCGUACAUCAACCUGACAGGUGAUAUCCUCGUUUCCUCAGGAGUUGUUGCUUACCUGGGGGCCUUUACAUCUAACUACAGACAGAACCAAACCAAGGAGUGGACAGAGUUGUGCAAACUAAAAAGUAUUCCCUGCUCAGAUGAGUAUUCUCUUAUGGGUACCCUGGGAGAAGCUGUGACAAUUCGAACUUGGAAUAUUGCUGGACUACCUUCAGACUCAUUUUCCAUUGACAAUGGCAUCAUCAUAAUGAAUGCAAGAAGGUGGCCUCUCAUGAUAGAUCCUCAAGGUCAAGCUAAUAAAUGGAUCAAGAACAUGGAGAAGGCCAAUAGUCUUCAUCUAAUUAAAUUAAAUGACGCUGACUAUGUCAGGACUCUGGAAAAUUGCAUCCAGUUUGGCACUCCUGUGAUGCUAGAAAAUGUUGGAGAAGAACUAGAUCCUGUCUUGGAACCUCUUCUACUAAAACAGACAUUUAAGCAGGGUGGGAGUGUAUGUAUCCGGCUUGGGGAUGCUACAAUUGAAUACGCACCUGACUUCCGCUUCUAUAUAACUACCAAGUUAAGAAAUCCUCAUUAUCUUCCUGAAACAUCUGUAAAGGUAACAUUAUUAAACUUCAUGAUAACUCCAGAAGGAAUGCAGGAUCAGCUUCUGGGCAUUGUGGUGGCACGAGAAAGGCCAGAUCUUGAAGAAGAAAAGCAAGCCUUGAUAUUGCAAGGAGCCGAAAACAAAAGGCAGUUAAAAGAAAUAGAAGACAAGAUUUUAGAAGUUCUUUCAUCUUCAGAAGGCAAUAUAUUAGAAGAUGAAACUGCUAUUAAGAUAUUAUCUUCCUCCAAGGCUUUGGCUAAUGAGAUUUCUCAAAAGCAGGAAGUAGCUGAAGAGACAGAGAAGAAGAUUGAUGCCACCCGCAUGGGCUACCGUCCCAUCGCCAUCCAUUCCUCCAUCCUAUUUUUUUCUAUUGCUGAUCUAGCCAACAUUGAGCCCAUGUACCAAUAUUCACUGACCUGGUUUAUUAACCUCUUCAUCCUGUCUAUUGAAAAUUCAGAGAAAUCAGAAAUCUUAGCAAAAAGGCUACAGAUUCUCAGGGAUCACUUCACUUACUCACUGUAUGUUAAUGUCUGCCGGUCUCUCUUUGAAAAGGAUAAGCUGCUCUUCUCCUUUUGUCUCACUGUGAAUCUACAGAUCCAUGAUCGUGUGAUCAAUAAAACUGAGUGGAGAUUUCUGCUAACUGGUGGAAUUGGACUGGAUAACCCUCAUGCCAACCCUUGUACUUGGCUCCCUCAAAAGUCCUGGGAUGAGAUAUGUCGAUUAGAUGACUUGCCUUCUUUCAAAGCAAUUCGGAAAGAGUUUAUGCGCUUAAAGGAUGGCUGGAAAAGAGUAUAUGAUAGUUUGGAACCACACCAUGAGGUUUUCCCUGAAGAGUGGGAAGAAAAAGCAAAUGAGUUUCAAAGGAUGCUGAUCAUCCGAUGCUUAAGGCCAGAUAAGGUUAUUCCAAUGGUGCAAGAAUUUAUAAUCAACAGAUUGGGACGUGCAUUCAUUGAGCCACCCCCCUUUGAUUUAUCCAAGGCAUUUGGAGAUAGUAACUGUUGUGCACCACUAAUUUUCGUGCUCUCUCCUGGAGCAGAUCCAAUGGCUGCCCUUCUAAAAUUUGCUGAUGACCAGGGGUAUAGAGGUUCAAAACUUAGCUCUUUAUCUCUUGGUCAAGGCCAAGGGCCCAUUGCUAUGAAGAUGUUAGAAAAAGCUGUCAAGGAAGGAACGUGGGUUGUUCUUCAGAAUUGUCACCUUGCUACCUCUUGGAUGCCAACCCUUGAGAAAGUCUGUGAGGAGUUAAGCCCAGAAUCAACACAUCCUGAUUUCCGAAUUUGGUUGACAAGUUACCCAUCUCCGACUUUCCCUGUGUCAGUACUGCAGAAUGGAGUGAAAAUGACCAAUGAAGCACCGAAAGGUUUACGGGCUAAUAUCAUUCGAUCAUACCUCAUGGACCCGAUCUCUGACCCUGAAUUCUUUGGCAGCUGCAAAAAGCCUGAAGAAUUCAAGAAAAUGCUUUAUGGCCUCUGUUUCUUUCAUGCUUUGGUACAAGAGAGAAGGAAAUUUGGACCCCUAGGGUGGAAUAUUCCUUAUGAGUUCAAUGAGACUGAUCUCAGAAUCAGUGUACAGCAGCUCCACAUGUUCCUGAACCAGUAUGAGGAACUACCUUAUGACGCCCUUCGGUACAUGACUGGCGAAUGCAACUACGGAGGCAGAGUGACUGAUGACUGGGACCGCCGCACACUGCGCACCAUUCUGAAUAAAUUUUUCUGUACAGAAUUAGUUGAAAAUGCAGAAUAUAAGUUUGACUCAAGUGGCAUCUAUUUUGUCCCCCCUUCUGGCGAUCACAAAAGCUACAUCGAAUACACAAAGACUCUGCCACUGACCCCAGCACCAGAAAUCUUUGGGAUGAAUGCCAAUGCAGAUAUCACUAAAGAUCAGUCAGAAACUCAACUGCUUUUUGAUAACAUUCUUCUUACACAGUCUCGUUCAGCAGGUGCUGGUGCAAAAUCAUCAGAUGAAGUAGUAAACGAGGUGGCUGGUGACAUACUAGGUAAACUUCCAAACAACUUUGAUGUUGAAUCUGCCAUGAGGAGGUACCCAACAACUUACACUCAAAGCAUGAACACUGUACUUGUCCAAGAGAUGGGGCGGUUCAAUAAGUUGCUGAAGACCAUAAGAGAAUCAUGCAUUAAUAUUCAAAAAGCAAUCAAGGGGCUUGUAGUGAUGUCUACAGAUCUUGAAGAAGUGGUUAGAAGCAUUUUGAAUGUCAAAAUUCCAGGAAUGUGGAUGGGUAAAUCCUACCCAAGCCUUAAACCACUUGGCAGCUAUGUGAAUGAUUUCCUUGCAAGACUAAAAUUCUUGCAGCAAUGGUAUGAGGUUGGCCCUCCUGCAGUCUUCUGGCUUUCUGGCUUCUUCUUCACCCAAGCCUUCCUGACUGGUGCCCAGCAGAACUACGCCAGGAAAUACACUAUUCCCAUUGAUCUCCUUGGGUUUGACUAUGAGGUGAUGGAAGACAAAGACUAUAAACAUGGUCCUGAAGAUGGUGUUUUCAUUCAUGGAUUAUUUCUGGAUGGAGCUUCCUGGAAUAGAAAGAUCAAGAAACUUGCUGAAUCACAUCCAAAAAUUCUUUAUGAUACAAUGCCUGUGAUGUGGCUAAAGCCCUGUAAACGGGCAGAUAUACCCAAACGACCAAGUUACGUUGCUCCAUUGUAUAAGACAAGUGAGCGGAGAGGAACACUAUCCACCACUGGCCAUUCUACGAACUUUGUAAUUGCCAUGAUUCUUCCCUCUGAGCAACCCAAGGAGCACUGGAUUGGACGUGGUGUAGCACUGUUGUGUCAACUUAACUCAUAACACAAACAUGUCAUUUUCUUGUUCCUAUUUGUUAUUUAAAUGGAAAGUAUAUUUUAUUCUGUUGAAAUAAUUUUUUUAGUUUAAGUAUAUUUGACUAACAUUAUUCAAAAGUAUGAAUUUACUUAUGUGCAAAUGCAGUCUAAAUUUAAAAGUAUUCAUACUUUAAGGAAAUACUGUGAUGUAGAUA